GCUGCUGGCCAGACCGGUCUGGCCAACUGGCCAGAGAGGGACCAUCAGCAGAUCCACGAUGGGGAGCUGGGACAGCUGCGCCGUGGCCACCCUCCUUCUGUCCUUCCUGCAGCCUGGAAGUGCCUUCUGGCUUCUCAAUGUCCUCUUUCCACCCAGUGCCACCCCAGAAGUCACUCUCUCCAACAACACUCCCCCUGUGGUGCUUGUGCCUGGCUGCCUCGGGAACCAGCUGGAAGCCAAGCUGGACAAGCCCGAGGUGGUGAACUGGAUGUGCUACCGCAAGACUGAAGACUACUUCACUAUCUGGCUGAAUCUGCACAUGUUCCUGCCCCUCGGGGUGGACUGCUGGAUCGACAACACCAGAGUUGUGUACAACAGGACCACCCGCAGAACCUCCAAUGCCCCAGGAGUGCAUAUCCGAGUUCCCGGCUUUGGGAAAACCUACUCUGUGGAAUACCUGGACAAGAGUAAAUUGGCAGGUUACAUGCACACCCUGGUGCAGCACCUGGUCAAUAACGGUUACGUGCGAGACCAGACAGUGCGAGCUGCCCCUUAUGAUUGGCGGCUUGGGCCCCUUGAUCAGGAGGAAUAUUUCCAGAACCUCCGAGACCUGAUAGAGGAAAUGCAUGCAGCCUACCAGAAGCCCGUCUUCCUCAUUGGCCACAGUCUGGGCAGCCUCAACAUCCUGUACUUCCUUCUGCAGCAGUCCCAGGCCUGGAAAGACCAGUUCAUCAAGGGCUUCAUUUCCAUGGGUGCUCCCUGGGGGGGAGCCGUGAAAUCCAUGAGGAUCCUGGCCUCAGGGGACAACCAAGGCAUCCCAAUUGUGUCCAGCAUUAAACUGCGUGAGGAAAAGCGCAUGGCCACCACCAGUCCAUGGAUGUUCCCUACCACGAUGGCAUGGCCUGAAACACACAUCUUCAUCUCAACUCCCUCACACAACUAUACCUACCAGGACUAUGAACGCUACUUUGCUGAUGUCAAAUAUGAGGACGGCUGGUACAUGUGGAGCGAUAUAAAGGAUCUGCUGAAAGGGCUGCCCCCGCCAGGAGUGGAGGUGCAUUGCCUUUAUGGCACUGGACUCCCCACUCCAGAGACCUAUAUUUAUGAUGACGGCUUCCCCUAUGAGGACCCCUUGGACAUUGUGUACGGGGAUGGGGAUGACACCGUCAACAGGCGUAGCAUGGAGCUGUGUGCACAGUGGCAGAGCCAACAGAAGGAGAAGGUGCAUGUGCUGGAGCUGCCUGGAAUGGACCAUCUCAACAUGGUCUUUGACAACCGCACUCUCACCCACAUCAAUGAAAUUCUGCUCAGGAGCCUUGAAAAUGCAACUGCUGCCGAAGAAGAGGGGGGACUUGAGGGGCGCCUCCCUGUCACAGAAGGCAGGCAGAAGUGAAGGCCCUUCACAGAGGGAAUGGAGUGGUGGGGGGGGGCAUUGGCAUCUUCCUCAACUGUGUUGGGCAAGUGAGAACCCUUAUGUUCUGCCCACACCUUCAGUGUUGCAUGUGUGUACAGCCACGUGCACCCAGAGGGGCUGCUCCUGCCCUCCCGCUCUUCUUGCAGAAGAAAAGCUCAGGCAGAUACCCCAGCCAUGAGAUAUUUUGCUGACACUGUGAUGGAACCCUGGGAAAGGUCAGGCUUUGCUACCCUCCUUUCAGCAGUGCCCUUUAGUUGAGCAGGAGACCUGUCCCAGGGUUGCAUUUCUUACCUGUAGACCCCUGGCAAGCAGCUGCUUUACUGGAACGGCAAAGUGUUCCUGCACCUACCGUGCCACUCUGGACUGUGCUCAGAUGUCUGUGGAGCCCUUGGGUGCCAGUCUUGUGUUGCCCUGCUGCAGUUGUCACAGAAUGAGUGCUGUUUGCAUCGGGCAUGGACAAGCUCUUAGGCUUGGAGGGUGGAGGGCGAGGGACGGAGUCUUCUCCCCAGCUGCAGUGUGAUUGCCCCCCUUCCCCAGACAUCUAGUCAAGGAAUAUCUUGGUCUAAGAAGCCAGCAGAAAGCGCUUCUCUCCCCUUCCACCCCCUGCAAAAAAAAGAGAGGAUGCCUCUUGUGGUGUCUGCUCAUUUCUGACUCAGCUUGUGUGUGCUUUAUGGCCCAGGCCAGGCUCUUCUGUUGCUGUUCCCCGACAUGUGUGCAUCGGAUACAAUUCUCAUGUAUGUUUUGCAUAUGCUCAGAGGUACGCUUCUUUAUUAUGUAUGAAGCAUCAUACAAGCACUGGAGGAACUGGGGAUCCUUGUCUGAGUCAGCUCUGUUUCUUUGCCUGCUGAGGGCCAUCUUUUCCCUGGCUGGAACCUGGUGGGAUGGACCUCCCUGGGGGCAGAUAUAGCUCUUGGGCAGGGAGGCAGGAGCCAAGUGGAUGUGGAACCCACUGGGUGGGCUGAGUUAGUGAUCCAUAAGAGGACUCCCAUCCCUUUAUUCCAUGCCUGCUUCAUUUGCAUGGAGCUGUUGGUAAACAGGGCUAUCAAAAGCCUUCUGGAACUCUAAGAAAGCAAUGUCUCCCGCAAAAGCCCCAUCUACAUGUUCCUCGCCACUCUCAAAGAACUCCAGUAAGUUAGUGAGACAAGACUUUGCCUUGCAGAAGCCAUGCUAAUUUUUUUCCCCUGUGGGACUUGUCCCUCUACGUGCUUACUCAGUCUAUCUCUAGUAAUGCUUCCAAGAUGUCAAGCUAACUGGCCUUUAAGUCCCUGGGUGCCCCUUGGAUCCCUUUUUAAAACAGGUGUUACAGGUGCCAUUCUCCAACUCUGCUACAAGGGGUAAUUUUAGGAACUGGUCAAACAUUUUGGUAAGAAAGCCAGCAAUUUCAUGUUUGAAUCCUUUUGUAACUCUAGGAUGGAUACCAUCCGGAUGGGGAGCAUUGCUCACUUUCAGUUUGUCAGUAAGGUUGAGAAUUCCACCUUUUGUCAUUACUACCUGUCUUAAUUCGGCUCCUUUCUGGAAUACAUAAGCUCAUCAGGGACAGGUAUCUGCUGUUCAUCCUUUGCUGUAAAGACUGAUUCAGCAUCUCUGGAGCCUCCUUGACUCCAUCUAGGGUUUCUUCAAUUCUAUUAUCAUUCAAUGGCCCAACUGUUUCCU